AUGGUGCAAGAAUGCUCCGUUUACGGACGCGUAUCAGAUGCAUUCAGUAUCAUCUCGUGCACGAGCUGGAUAUUUGCACAGCUUCCCCAGAUCCUCACCAACUAUAGGCUCAAGUCAGCCAGCGGCAUAUCGCCGCUGUUCCUAAUACUAUGGUUCAUGGGCGACUUUUUGAGCUUCACCAGUUGCUUAUUCAACGAUGCCACCUUGGGGUUCCAGUUGUACUUGAGCAUAUUCUUUCUUUGCAACGACGUUACGCUAUGUUUCCAGUAUUACUACUACCACAGCGAGGACGGUGCUUUUGAACACGAGGCUGAGGAGAGGUACCUGUCUCUAGAGCCUACGCCCGAGGUGUUUGGGCCUCGUGCAGAUUUGUCUGUGCAUGCUCAUGCUCAGGGCAGUGACAUUAGACGAGUACAUCCUGAGACGUUGUCAGAUGACAGCGCGCCGAGCAGCUACAACUCCACCGACGACAACAGCCUGGUGAUGAAAACGUUUGUUGCUGCCGUGGCUACAAACGCUGGCAAGGCCAGUGCCAUAAGCUUGGGGUCCAACUUGAACUUGCAAACACGAGAGUACUCGACUAGGGACCAACUCGGGCUUUUCCUAGCGUGGGGCUGUACCGUUGUCUACUGCGCCUCGCGGUGUCCCCAGCUAUACAAGAACUACAAACGCAAAUCAGUCGAGGGCAUAUCGCCCUUGUUGUUUGGCGCGGCGUUGUUGGGGAACUUGAGCUAUACAUUGUCGAUACUAAGCAGCUGUUCUUUCGUGUACGGUAACCGAGCUGAGUUUAUCAAUAAGGAGUUGCCCUAUAUCUUGGGCAGCUCGGGCACAAUUGUGUUUGACUUGCUUUAUUUCUACCAAAAGCAUUUGUACAGAACUGGUGGAUCUCAAGCGACUGCUAUUCGCUUGCAGAGAUGGCGAGACGUUGAACAUGGAACCAUGACCCCACACUAG